UACUAAUAAUAAUAAUAAUAAUACGAAAACUCAUACUAUUAUAGUCCAACCUGACUGUCCCAAUCACCAUACAGUAGUAGGUCACGACAGUUUUGCCUGUGUCUGUACCGAACAGCAACCGUGCGCACGGGUCGAGUCACCCAAACGGACGGCCACCGGUAUUGUAACCAAAUGGGAAUCGGGCAGAGAUGGUGCCCGACUACGCAAACAGACACUACAUUUUGAUAAAUUGGAUAUCCAUGAGCUGGAAACAUGUGCUGGUAGUGAUAAUCAGCUACACUUUCGUGUGAACCGGAAUAUCCUCUAUCAGGAGAUUUUCGGAUUUGGCGGCGCUUUUACCGACUCGACGGGUGUUAAUCUGCAAAAAAUUGGCACAAAAUUGACGGAUCAGAUAAUGAGAGACUAUUUCAGUUCCGAUGGUCUCGAGUAUAAUGUCGGCCGUAUUCCUAUCGGUGGAUCCGAUUUCAGUACCCGUGGCUACAGUUUGGAUGACAACCCGGGAGACAAAUCAUUGGCUCAUUUUAAUCUAACCCACGAGGACUUGGACUAUAAGAUACCAUACAUUCAAAAAGCCAAACAACUGGCCACACAUGAAAUACGAUUGUAUGGCAGUCCCUGGUCGGCACCGGCAUGGAUGAAAACUAAUGACAAUCUGGUACAUGGUGGUACAUUGAUUGGACCGGUAGGCAGUGAAUAUUGGCAAAUAUAUGCCAAAUAUUUAGUUAAAUAUCUGAACGCAUACAAGGCUCACAAUAUUAGCCAUUGGGGACUAACUGUCCAAAACGAACCGGCCGCUAGUCAAACGUGGAACUCUAUGCGAUGGACACCCGAAUCGACACGUGAUUUUUUGGUCAAAAAUCUGGGCCCUGAGCUCGAACACAAUGGUUACGGACCAGAUAAACUUAAAGUAAUGAUAUGGGAUCAUAAUCUGGAUCAAGUGGCUGAAUGGGUUCAUACAAUAUUUGCCGAUAAAACGGCAGCCAAAUACGCGGCCGGUACUGCCAUACACUGGUACUCUAAUUCACCGCAAACAUUUCUGGACAAACCUUACCUGGAGCACCCGGAUAAGUUUAUACUGGCUACCGAAGCCUGUAUGGAGGGUGGAGCCAAACUAGGGUCAUGGCUGGCAGCGGAACGGUAUGCCAAGGAUAUACUUGAAGAUCUACUGCACCAUACAAUUGGAUGGACCGAUUGGAAUCUAGUGCUGGAUACCCAGGGAGGUCCCAAUUGGGUGGGCAACUUUGUUGAUGCACCCAUACUAGUCGACUAUAGCAAACAGCCCCACGUCUACUACCGUCAACCACAUUACUAUGCUCUGGCACAUUUCAGUAAAUUUCUACCGCCCGGUUCAGUUAGAAUAGACACCUCUAUUGUCGAUCAACGUAAUACCGGUGCAAUUGUCGGCGCUUUUCGUACACCAAACAAGUCGACAGUUGUUAUUGUGGUGAACAACGACAACAAUGAUGUUGAGCUGACCAUCGAAGACACCAAAACUGGACGAUUGGUUACAACAGUUGCGGCUAAAACAAUACAAACCUAUGUCUACUAUGAUUAGUAAUUGAAUACUAAUUAAUAAUAAUUGUAUUAUUUAUGUAAUUA